AUGACAGACCAGUUUUCAUACACUUAUCCCUCCCCGUUGGAGGGCUACGAAAACCUGGAACCCCUUUCAGAGGAGAGAAAUGACGAUGGAAAAUCAUUGAAGAACCCCCAGCAUGGGAUUCUUAGUAAAGCAUACGAGGAGUUUCCGGACCCGCUGUCCAAGGGUCGACGGGGUGGGUUCGAUAUACAUAUUUAUCACUUCCAGAAUAACCCAGACCAAGGAACGUUUGCAAGGGCGUUGUGGGAGCGAAUCAGACGAGAAUUCCCUGAACUCCGGAUAUAUACUUUUUUCGACAGGCCCGUGGGUCCGCAUCCCGUCGCCAUGUUCGAGGUGAAUCUCUUCACCCCAGCACAGUUCGGGGCCUUCGUACCGUGGCUCGUCAUAAACCGAGGACCUCUGAGUGCGCUGAUUCAUCCCAAUACGGCUGAGGGGGCGGGAGAGGAAGAGAGGAAUCAUACCCAGCGGGCAACAUGGCUCGGAGAGCGGAUUCCAUUGGAUUUGAGGGUCUUCAAAUUAAUGAAGGAGAGAGAGAAGCGCGAGGAGGCCGAGGCGGAGAGGAGGAAUGCGGGGGAGUAA